AUGGAAGGACAGCGGGGCUAUGUCGAUUUGCGAUCGUUCCAAGAAGUAUCCGUGUGUAUUGACUACCCCGUGAGCUACCCUUUCUGUGACAUCAUGGACGCCUUCAUAGUGGCUUGGGUGAGGGUCGUCGCAUACGAUAGUGUUGAUGUAUUUGAUGCAGCCGCAUUCAGCGUACCCAAGUUAUACCAGAUGUUGGUACACAUCGUGAAGGGUCUGGAGCAUAUCAGGCAUAUCAGCAAUGAUCCUGAGUGCGGAAGGACGCCGCGACGCGGUCUGGAUGAGUUUAAUGAGGUAUUGAGGUCAUUUCUUGGCUCAUGCAUGAUGCGGCAUGCCUCAUAUGAUACGACUCACUAUUUGGCAGAAACAAGAACCCCGACCCGGUACGCCGCCUAUUGCUUCGAUACAAUUCUCACCUACACGCGACAGAGAGUGCAGUUUGCCUACUCAUACCUCAACGUGCAAGGUCGGACGUCGGUAAUUCUCAAGUCAACCAUCUCAGUCAUCUUUAGCAAGUUCCUCGACCCCUCGACAAACCAGCAAAUCAUAUACAGCAAGUGA